GUGCGGCGUUUCCCGAGUGAGGACGCGAUGGCGGAGCAGUGGUCCAAUAAUGUGACUGAGGCUAUGCCUGUGGCUACAGCCUCGGGGUCGAAGACGGUGAACACAGUUCCCAAAGAGCUUCUGUCUCUAGACCCGAAGCUGCAGACCGAGUUUCAAAAGCGGGUGGCGAGUGUCCGCAAGCGCGGAGCUAAUAAGCCAGAGAAACUGACUCCUGGAGUGGUGUAUUUGGGUCACCUUCCCAGAGGACUUUAUGAACCUCAACUCAAGGAAUACUUCACUCAAUUUGGAACUGUCAAAAGACUCAGGCUCUCCCGAAGUAAAAAGACUGGAAAUAGUAAGGGCUAUGGAUUUCUGGAGUUUGAAUCUGAUGAUGUUGCUAAGAUUGUUGCUGAUACAAUGAACAACUACCUUUUUUGUGAAAGGCUAUUGAAGUGUCAUUUCGUGCCACCUGAAAAAGUACAUGAAGAACUUUUCAAAGGCUGUGACAUUCCAUUUUCAAAGCCCUCUCAUCCAGCAGUAAAACGCUAUAACAAGGAACGGACAUAUGAAGAAAAGAUAAGAAUGGAAAAACGAUUUAAAAAGAAAGAAAAUAAGCUCCGAAAGAGAUUAGCUGAAAAGGGAAUUGAUUAUACAUUCCCUAAAUUAGUUUUACGGAACAGGAGAAAAAAGAAGGUUUCAGGGACUACUCUUCAAAAGUCUGUUGAUAAUGAGGAUUUACCCAAGAAAGAAAAAAUGAAUAUUUCAGAAACUGCAUUUGAUUCUGUGGAUAGCCAGGGGCCCACACCCAUUUGUUCACCAACAUUUUUAGAGAGGCGGAAAGCUCAAGCAGCUGAAAUGAAUGAUGAUGAUGAAGAUAAUGAAAUUGUACUUAAGCUACCACCAAUUGUUAACAAGAAAGCAACUCCAUUGACUCAGACUCCACCAAGUUCAAGAAGAAAAAAGGCAAAGAACAAUAAAGGUUUAUCCUGAAUAUGACAUCUGCCAGGAGAACUUGGGUUUUGUUAUUAGAACCUAUUCUUUGUAUAGAAUGGCAGUUUUGAGUGGUUGUUCUUAACCAUUUAUUCAUUGUUAGUUUUGUGGGGGGAAAACUUUUGUAAAAUUCUUCCAUUUAUGUAAUAAUACUUUAAUAAUACUUUAAUAAUGUUUUUAUGAAAGGAAGUAAAAUUACUUUUGUAUUUACUUAUUCUUUAGCACGUUAAAACAAGUUAAACAUUUUCAGGCUUUUUAAGAUGUAGAAAAAUAGUACUCAGAUUUAGGGGAAGAAACAACAUCAGUAUGCAUACAUAAAAAAGAAAAAUUUAACCUUUUGACAAAAAGUAUUAAUACAUAACUAGCCUUUCAGUUGCCCUACUUGUGCUGCUCACUAAUAAUACAAAUAGUUUCCAAUUCUGUUGCUUUUGUUUAUCCAUAAUCCCAUAGAUGAACCCUGUGGUUGGAAGGAACACUUACUGAAAACUAUAUUAAAUCACAUUGGUUUGGGGCAUCAGCUUGUAACCUAAUCUUUGCCCAACAUACUAACAAAGAAAUUCAUGUUAAAGGCAUGCCCUUUUGUUACUGGACCUGUUAUUUUGCAGUAAUAUUAACACAUUACAACUGUAGUUAUUCAUUGUCCCCCCAAAAAAAAUCCAUUUAUGAUAUUCCUGUAGUAUAAAACAAAUUGUUCCUUUUGUGUUUACCUAAUGGCUUAUUUUCAUGGAGUAUAUAGAAGGUAGUAGUUGUUUGUUCUCAGCUACCUUAUUUGACAAGUACAAUUAUUUUCUAACAGUUUACCUUUAUAUUAAAAUUUGAGAACAAUAUGUAUUAAAGUGCUUUUCAAAUCAUAAA